UUCUACUUUGCCCAAUAGUUGCGACGUUUGUCCGGUCACGUGAACGUCGCCAUGGUGCCAAGUGAGGCUACAGCUAUACGCUACGAGUUUAACUAUGGUUCUGCGGAAAAACCGGCAUGACCAGCAAAGAAAUGUGUUUACUCCUCGGAGCGACCGGUGUUGGAAAGACGUUGUUGCUCAAACGUCUACAAAAGUUUAUCGUACAUGGUUUAGAUGAAUUGGGGACACCACCUUCAACUCUUCCCACAGUAGGAACCAAUCUGACAGAUCUAACCGUGAAGAAGAAGAAGGUGACUGUGAGAGAGCUGGGAGGCUGCAUGGGCCCUAUAUGGCCCAGUUACUUCAAAGACUGCUCCUCUGUCAUUUUCAUGGUGGAUUCGGCCAACAUUGCUCAGAUAUCCUCCUCCUGUAUCCAGUUGCUGUCAGUACUGUCAGCUGAGCCUCUGAGCAAGGCCUCUGUGCUUAUUCUCUUCAACAAGAGGGACAUGCCUUGCACUAUGAGCCUUAUAGAGAUAAAGUCACUGUUCAGGAUGGAUGACAUUGUUGCAUCUGCGACUCAGCCAAUCACAACACUGGAAGUCAGUGCCAGAUCUGGAGAGGGACUUAAAGAGGUGAUGAGCUGGCUGGAGUCCGUCACAGUCAAGUGACAUACGCUUACUGAUUACUUCAUUAGUGAUGCAAUGUAAGAAGAGGUAAUAUUGCUGACUUCACUACCAGCAGGGGGCGCAAACUGCUUAUGAGACAGUGAUACGGAGUCGUCAUGAUUUCAUGUGGCAUGUAUUGAUACCAAGGGAAAUGAGUAAAUGCAAGUGAAUAAACCCA